AUGACGCGACAUUUGGACACUAAACUGGCCGGAGUGGAGCUUCAAGAGCAUGUUGAUGAUCCUUCCUUACUGCCCAUUAUUAUUUUUCCUGAAGGAACGUGUAUUAAUAAUACAUCAGUGAUGAUGUUUAAAAAAGGAUCUUUUGAGGUGAGUAGUACAAUCUAUCCGAUAGCAAUGAAGUACGAUUCGAGGCUCGGUGAUGCGUUUUGGAAUAGUAGCGAGCAGUCAUACGCUGAGUAUUUGUUUCGUAUGAUGACUUCCUGGGCAAUUAUGUGCGAUGUGUGGUACCUUCCACCAAUGUCACGCGAUAUACAGGAACUUCUCUCUGUUUCGCAAGAAGUCGCUGAAGGAAAGAAGGAUAAUGCCGAUGAAAUCUGCCUGGACAACAACGACUUGUCAAAGAAGCAGUUGUAA